UAGCCACUCAAUUACUUCUCUGCCCAGCUACAACCAAAGUUCAUUUUCCAACUUCACUUCACCAUCUACAAUCUAUAAGUACCUGUUCUGUCCCUCUUGUACCGGAUUCAUUCAAGUUGCAAGCAUUCGAAUUGUCUAUAUCCGAAGAAAGUGAUCAAUACAUACCAUCCACACAUACAAAACCAACAACAACAACUACUACUACUACUACUACUAUCUCAUCCUCGCCAUGUCGAAGAACCCUACCGCCCUCUACCUCGGCAUUGCUGCCCUCGGCGCCGGUGGCUACUACAUGUACCGCGCUGGAGGCGAUCCCAAGGUUGCUAAGGAGGAGAUGAGGCAUGACGCCCACCUCGCCCGUCUCAAGGCACCCACAGGCGAUCAAGCCGAAAAGGCAGGUGAAAAGGCAGCGUAUGAGACACGGUUGAAUGUUGAUGAGGCGAUCGACACCGCCAGCAAAGACGCCAAAGACAGCAUGAACCGUCUGGAGAAGAUUGGUCGCGACACGACGGCCGAGUUGCGCUCAGGCGCCGAGAAGUUGGAGGGUAAGGUGGAGGAGAAGGCGGCUGAGGCGAAGGGGACGGUGUCGGGUUGGUUUGGGGGGAAGAAAUAAUCUAUCCCUGAAAUAAUUUAUAUGAUUGAUGACGAGGAGGAAGUACCUGGGUAAGGGUAGGGAGGUGGAUUGAAAAUGGAGCUUAGCUGGGCUGGGCUUUAUGAUGCUCUUUAACACGCAUCUUUUUUUUUUUUUAUAAUUAUUAUGAUGAUAAGAAUGACGAGUGUCUUGUCUGGUCUUGUGUGGGGUGUGUUUAUGUACCUAUCUAACCUAACUCACCUUUGGGGUUGACGCUGAUUGUCAUAACCGGUGUUAAUGAAUGAUGCAUUUGUCUAUCCUUCUUUCUGUCUGUCUGGAUAUUGUUGUCUGUAUGUGUUGGGACGUGUGGUUUAGUGGGAAUAGUUACGUAGUGUGUUGAGGUAGAGUUUAAC